CGUACUACGUAGUACCCAGCGCAACUUUAGGUUAGCAUAGCCGUAGCCCAAACAGACGUGCUUCUCCGAAUAAUCCUCGAACUAGUUCCAUGCGUACUAAUGCCUUGCCAUAUUACGAAUAUAUUGUCGUAAACUAUCAUUUAUUACAUCUUCGUGCCAGUCCAAAUGCGUGUCGGAGCACGUCGAAACUGUCUUGGCUUAGCUUGCUAGCUUUAAAACAAAGCCAGAGAUCGGCGUUGGGAGAGUCGCGCGACAAUGUGUGCAAAACGUUUGAAAAAGGAUUUUGUGGACGAACUUCGUCAAACUAAAGAGAAGAAUGGGCGACAACGACUGGACGCUGGUAGCGAGCAGCCUCGCGUUGCGUUGCACAGAGCAGACAUCAAUGAGAAACGUCUUCAUCCUGAGCUGCAGGAGCCAGCGACCUUCCACACGAAACAGCGUGAGGAACCAGAAAUCCACCACAUUAAAGAUGAAGAGCAGGAGGCAGAUAUCAACAAGUUUCCAUUGAGUCUUGUCAUUGUGAAGUGUGAAGAUGAUGAAGAGCAAGGUCAGAGGUCACAGCCCCAUCCCAGGAAAGGUAAAGAGAAGAGAGGGGUGGAGCAUUCAAGCUGCAGCUCAAGUCAAUGUGUGACAACAGAAGGUGAUGGAGACGGCCGUGGAAAAUCACAAGCAGGCAGCCCCUUAGCUCCACUGUCAGAUAGUGACGGCAUGACCACGCACUCUACUGACACUGACGAUGAUGAACACUCCAAAUCUGACAAGACAUCUCAGAAGAAACGCUGGAAAUGUUCACAGUGUGGGAAAGCCUUUGAUGCCAAGUAUAAUUUGAAAGUACACAUGCGAACGCACACGGGAGAAAAACCUUUCCUCUGCUCAAUAUGCGGUAAAAGCUUCUCUGUAAAGGGAUAUUUAAGAACACACACGAGAACACACACUGGAGAGAAACCCUAUGCCUGCUCAGCUUGUGGGAAAGGUUUCCCCAGACUGGGACAGUUAAAAACACACACAAGAACACACACUGGGGAGAAACCUUUUGCCUGCUCAGUUUGCGGUAAAAGCUUCUAUAUAAAGGGAAGUUUAAUAAGGCACACGAGAAUACACACAGGUGAGAAACCGUUCGCUUGCUCAGUUUGCGGCAAAAGAUUCUUACUGAAGACACAUUUAAGAACACACAUAAGAACGCACACUGAGGAGAAACCGUUUGUUUGUUCAGUUUGUGGUAAAAGGUUCUCCAGGAAUGGAAAUUUAAGAACUCACACAAGAACACACACCGGGGAAAAAGACUUUGUCUGUUCAAUAUGUGGUAAAAGAUUUGCUGAGAAGGGAUGUUUGACAAGACACACGAGAACACACACUGGAGAAAAACCUUUUCCUUGCUCAGUUUGUGGUAAAAGAUUCUCUGUCAAGGGACGUUUAAUUCGGCAUACAAGAACACACACUGGAGAGAAACCUUUUUCAUGCUUCAUUUGUGGUAAAAGGUUCAUUCAGAAGGUACAAUUGGGAAUACAUAUAAGAACACACACCGGGGGGUAAUUGCUUCUCGCUUCAUCCUCACAUUACAGAAUAAAAGGAGAUCGAAAGCAAUGUUAAAGGAG